AAACCUGCCCUCCAGGAUUGAGGACAUCUGGCAUCCAAUUAUUUAUCUUACUACACGUAGUAGAAGGUAUUUUAUGAGCCCCAAAGUUUCUCACAGUGUUUGGAAAAAGCAGGACGAUGUCCAAUCAAGUCAGGCUGAGACUGCUGCCCAGCGCCAGGUGUCUGUUCGAUGAGCCCAUCCAGGUGAAAGUGGCCGGUCUGAAGUCCAAGCAGGUGGUCACCAUGAGAGUCAGAUCCACAGACGAGAAGGGAGUGGUUUUCAGCUCCUCGGCCACCUACAGGGCAGACAACAGCGGGGAGAUCGACCUGAGCAGAGACGCCUCCCUCAGUGGGAACUACGUUGGGGUCGAACCCAUGGGUCUGCUCUGGUCUAUGAGGGCAGACGCCUUGCACACGAGGUUUCAGAAGACAAACUCCUUGAAUCCCCAUGUGGUGAACUUCUCAGUGCAUGAAGAGGAGGGCGGGAUGCUGACUGAGGCGUCCAAUGAGAGGUUUCUGAUGGGAGACGGGGUCAGCCGUGUUCCCGUCAAACAGGGAAAUAUCCGUGGGGUGCUUUUUACUCCCCCAGGAGAGGGUCCGUUUCCUGCUGUGUUGGAUCUGGGCUCCUUCAUGUCAGAGAAAAGGGCUUCUCUGCUGGCCAAUAAAGGCUUUAUAGUUCUUGCUUUACCAGUAUUCCCUGACAAUUCCAAACUAAAAAAGAUCGAUCUGGAUGACUUUGAAGAAGCAGUUCAGUUCCUACAAAACCAGUCAAAGGUGAGCAGUAAAGGAGUUGGGGUAAUAUCACUAUCUAAGGCAGGCGACAUCGCUCUUUCCCUGGCUACUUUUGUGCCCGGAGUUGAAGCUGUGGUGUGGAUCAACGGCUGCUCUGCUAAUGUAGCAUUACCCCUUUAUUAUAAGAACAGACAGAUUCUCUCAGCAUUGAAGUUUGACGCGAACAAAGUGAUUUCCACAGGGUCUGGAGCCUUGUUCAUCAAAUAUGCCAUGCAUGAUCCUCUGAAGGAGGAAAACAAGGGUUCCUUGGUGCCUAUCGAACGAGCAAGUGGACGUUUCCUGUUUGCAGCUUCAGAGGACGACUCCAACUGGGACAGCAAGGCCUACAUGGACGAGAUGGUGGACAGACUGAAGCGUCAUGGGAAGGAGAACUUUGAGAGUGUGAGCUACCCUGGAGCCGGACAUUGUUUAGAGCCCCCGUUUGGACCGUACUUCCCUUCCAGCUUCCAUGGGCUCGUACCUACGUCGGUCCUGUGGGGGGGGGAGCCCAGGGCCCACGCUACUGCUGAAGUCCAUCUAUGGAGGAAGAUCCAGGACUUCUUCAGAACUCACUUAAACUGUGACAAAACUCAAACUAAAUCCAAGUUAUAGUGCUGCUGUCCUUCAAUCAAAAACAAGCCAAGAUGUAUAAAAGAGAUCCAUGAGUUUUAGGGCUGAAAGGAAUAUCCAUUACUCCAAAAGCAAAAGAAAAAAUAUCUAUAAUAUAAUAUAAUUUAGUCUAUAUAAACUUGUUCUUUGAAAGCAAUUUAAUUCUGAUUUUGAAAAUGUUGUUAUGCCAUUUAGAAAAUUGAAAUAUUUUAGUAACCAUAACAAAACAUAGAAAGUUUGUUCCAAUUGAAUGUCAGAUAGAGAAAGAAAAUAUUUUGUCAUUUUCUCCAGUUUUAAUUUAUGAAAGUUGGAGAUUUCUGUAAGUACAACGGCAACACUGUCACAUUACUAUAAAAAUUAA